AUGGCGGCUGCCGCUGACUGUGCCCCAUUGGGAGUCGUCGGUAGUGGUAGCCCAUGGGUUUCUCUAUUUGGUAUUGCUCUGGAUAGUAGGUUGGAUUAUUACGAGACCGAAUUCAUCGAUGGGGUGCUAAGAAUUCUGAGAUUAGUGAUUGAAGAAGUGUCUAAGCUUCGGGCGAAUAGCCUGGUUGGGCAGUUCCUAUGGCAUCCUGCUUCGAUUUCCUCUAUCAGAUUCUUGGCUAAUUGGUUAUGGGGAAGAGACGGAGAAGUGCGUAUAUCUAAGCUUGGUGACAAUAUGCCAGUGGGGUUUUGA